GGACUACCCUGCGCUGGGGCCGAGCGCUGUUCUUAUUAUCAUAUCGACAGGCAAGCCACCACGGUGCGACACAGAGCCCCCGCGGUCGCAUCGAGUCAGGCCAGCACGGCAUGCAGUCAGUAUAGAGUGACUCUCCCCCCGACCACCAUCACCGCCGCCACCACCACCGACAUACCUCACCCACUCCCGUCGCCAACUGCUGCUUUACAAUCGAAGCUGUUGUCCCGGGCUGCGGUCAUAAAGAGACACGGCAGCCGCAUGAUACACAUCGCUAACGCCGCAGCGACCGCGGGUGUACGGUUGUCGUUGUGGUUGUCACCCCUCCGGUGAUAGUCAAGCAGUUUACCUGUUCCACCUGUUCGGGGGGCAAGGAGCGGCGCGGAGCUGUCGUAGCUGCUUGCGACCGGUUGUGAGGACCUUACUUAGCCUGGUGUGUCGGUGUGUUGUCGACCACAUUCACCUGCAACAUUUCGGUGCCGCACGGCAGUGAGUGGACUCCCCUCCCCCAUCCCACCUGUGUGCCAAGUGAAGCUGUCAACGUUCAAGCUCAAGCGGUGAGAAAUAUUUUAGAAAAUUUGUGUGAACUUCACGAAGAUCUGCGAAGGUAGAAACUAUGUGACAUACGAAGCAUUUCCCAGCUACAAUAAAUUCAAGCUGUGCAAAAGUCGUUGGCACAGAUCUUGGAAAUGUGUCAUGAAAUCAUUCAGGCGGAACUGUGCAGCUUUGUGUCGUGAUUGUUCGCCAAGCACGUGGACAGCCGAUGUUUAUGUGUCGACCAACGAAAAGAAAUUUCUGUCCGUGAGUAAGGAAGCUAACUUUUGUUCUGAUUGAAAACAUCUCCAGUGUUUGACAGUUUAACGGACGUAAAGCUUGUAGCUGGUUCUUUAAAUCGAAACUGUAUUUUUUCUCGUGAACCGGUUUCGCUUUUCUUGGGAAGAGCUGCGCCGAAAAAAUGUCUUUCUUCAGCAGCAACAAGGACAAAGACCUUCUGAGCAAAAAAUCGCAGUUCUACGUGGAGUUUCUCGGGUGGAUGGAAUGUCGGGGGGUGCGGGGCCAACGGUACACCGACCCCAUCAUCCGAGAGCUGCGGCGGCGGCAGAAACGGGUGGAACGGCCACCCAAGUUCACCAUCCAGGUGACACGGAAAGAACUGCGGAUCACUCAGGAACUGGAGGAGAAGAAGAAGAGAAGCAUCCAGAAGAUCAAGUUCCCCACCAUCCCGGCAAGGGACGUCACCUACGUUGUGCAGGCGCGUCGGGAGUCGCGGGUGGGCGGAGGGCUGGACGACGUGGUGGCCUGCAUCUAUCUCGGGUACAUGCCGCGAACCAACUGCUCUGUGCACGUGCACGUGUACCGCUUCGACGAGCCGGCCACCGCCGCUACUUUUGUCGAGCUCGUCAGUCUCAUCGUCGCCGACAACGCCCGCCGCAUCGACGAGGUGGAGCUGGGUCUGGCCGAGCGUGGUGAGAUCGACGACCCGCGCCUGGACUUUGACCCCGCUCCGGACUCGGCCACGGGGUCGGUGUCCAGUGCCGAGGACGAGACCCGCACUUCCGGAAGCGACGAGGUGGAGGCUGACUUGCAAAGCCUGAACGAGGUGCGGCCCUUCGACAGCGUGGCGGAGGAGCUGAAGCAUCGGCUCCGUGUGCACGACAGGCCCCUCCUACUCCCCCCUAAGGAUUACGACACCAUCAGCCGCGCGCGAGGCAACCUGAAGGACAUCAACGAGCGGCGAUGCAUGAACCUCCACAUCGUAGGGGAAGCGGCGCUGGUGGCUCCCGCCGGCUCCCCAUCUCAGCAGCGGCGCUCGGCCCGCAGCGGUUCCGGUGGCGAGAGCGGGGUGGAUCUACCCUCCCCUUCCAGCGAUGUCAGUGACAGCACUACCCCGUUCGCCCAACAGACACCCACAGGUGUGACCUCCGUGUCCUCCCCACCCGCAUCCUCCUCCUCUUCUCAGCCAGCGGAAGCCAGCUUCGUCUACCCCCCUCGCCCAACCCCUCUUAGUCCUCGCACGAGCAUUCGCAGCGGCAACUCCCGCUUUUCCGAUCCCCCCGUGGUGCACGCGCGACAGUCCUCUGCCUCCUCCGUGUUGAGCACGCACAGCUCGCGAACCAGCCAGCACUCCGACGGCAGCGGUGGUGGAGCAGACAACAUUAUCGUCUACCGUGGUGGUGCUGACCCACCGGGGUCAGCAGGGGUCAGAGGGCGAGAGUCGUAUACCAGCAGCAGCAGCCAAGACGCAUUCUUGCCUCCCUCAGACUACUACGACGGUAACAUCCCUAACGAAGUGGUACCUAUGCGACCCAAGGCACAUCCUCCGCUGCUGCGCGCCAACAGCACUGGGAUGGACGCCAGCAUGCUGACGCGCAGCAUGCCCGCUGGUCUGCUGCACAGCGAGAUGCAGCUCAGCGGCUCGAGGAGGGACGAGGAGUUCUACCCCCCGAGACGGGGUCAGUCCCUGCACGGGAGCAGUGGACAGGUCAACAGCCGGCGACACUUGUCCUCAUCGGAGCAAAACGGCGACAGGCGAGGCAAAGCUCCUCUCAAGUAAUUAAUUAUCUUUGUCUCUCUCACUCUCACACAAAGUAGUUCUUGUGGAAAUAACUCCCUGGACAUGGACUUGGUCUUUGCUGGACUCCUUCUUCCUGUCUUUCAGAGAGGACAGAAAAAAACGUGAGGCCAGUCAUUCCUUCGUUGCUAAGGAAUGAUUUACAUGAUCUUCGUUGGCGUGAAGAGGGCUGAAGUAUACGGUGUUGCCAGGAAAAGAUCGUAGAUCACUGAUCACUAAAAAUAAACCCUCGAACAAGGAGCCGGCUCUAAGGUGUUGAGAAAGUCUUAUCUCGAGAAAUAACGAGGGACACUACACAAGACAGGAGUUGGAUGCUGAUAAAAUUAGCUUUAGAAAUGUUAUUUGCAAUGUUAAAUCUUGGUUUUCAUUUUUGUGGGGGAGCGCUGCGCCCUGUGGGGAGCAUUUGCAUAGGUUUCAUUCGAGCUGAGGGAAAAUGUGUAUAUCUUUAGGUAAGCAACCCUACACCAACACCCAUGUUUCGCUUGGGUGGCUGAGGUCGAACUGACAAGUCAUCCGAGGAGGUCGAGUGCCAUAAACUGCGGGACUGUAGACUUAAAGAAGACAAUACCUACACUACCAGUGUUGAACAAGAAGGUGGAAUGUGUCUCACCACCACCACCACUACCACCACCACCGCCGCCGCCGCCACCAUCACCACCACCACCACCGCCGCCGCCGCCACCAUCACCACCACCACCACCACCGCCACCACCAUCACCACCAACAACAAAUCACACCUGUUGCCAGGAAUACUAACAAGGACCACAACACUUCAGUUCUGCUCUCGCCAAAGUGAAAACUGUCGGAGGGCGCUGUCAAGGCAGGGACGAGGGGAGUACUUUCCAGGAAAUAUCUUGGGUUUGCCUGCUCCCCUCCUCCUCCAUGCUGUGCGCCGUUGAGACUGUAUGACGUCACCUGCACAGCCAUGCCGGGUGGUCGUGGUGGUGGUGAUGGUGGUGGUGGUGGAGUCGUAAUGGAGUGUCCUCCUCAUAUCAGCAUGUAAUCUCGCCUGGGGUGUGACAGCCGGGUGUGUGCUUUAUGCAUGCUUCCUGCUUUAUCUGUCACGAAGGGAGACCCAAACAUUCACUUUUUUUUGCAUAAGAAAGGUAUAGACCUUGUUUUAAAAAAAGAAAUCCAUCUAAGAGUGGGAGAGGCAAAUUGUUUCAUCAAUGUUUGUGAAAACAAAGAUAUUUAUAGCACGAGGCAUGGAACAAGGACACAAGAUGGAACACACAAUUUCCAGGUUUACAAACAUUGCCAGAUCACGUGAAUGUGUCCACAAACUCAUCCCACCCAGAACUGACCAAAGUCUUGACAAAACCUGUUUCAGCAUGUAACUGAGGGUGGAUGUGUAAGUGUAUUUUGUACACCUUGGCGGUUGGGUGGCAAGCCGAGGGUGAGAUACGACACGUGUGUGGGUUACAAGAAAGGAGGGAUCGGAUUCAGGUUCAGCCAAGAUACCUGGAUUUUUGCCACAGGUGUGGAUUUCUCGGAUGGCACGAACUUUUGACUGUCAAAGGCUCCUUAAGUUUCAAACUUUUCAACGGUUUGAAUGAAAGCGUUUGGAUUUCUUCGCUACAGGACAAAGAAGAGUUUCUCAACUUUGGAAUGAGGAUUAGAUGGUAAUACAAGAUUUGAAAGAAAUGCAAAUAACUUUCAUUAUACAGAUCACGAGGUUUCUAGCCUUCGACAUGUUUUGAAUCUCGUGUAACAGUGUAGACAAAAAGUUGAAAGGCUGUUUUACCUGUUGGAGGUAGAUUUACACAAGCCUCAGGUGUACAGUAACAUUUCCGUUUGCCUUCUGACAAUGAAUGAAAUCGCAAAUACCACCUGACUCUCAUUCUCCAUCAAAGACAAAAGACUGUACCUGUGAUGAAAUUUAGAAGACGGUCUGAUAAUAAAUGCUGGUGUAGUUAAAAUAUUCUGUCCAAAAUGCAGGUGAGAGGUAUUGAUAGGUGUGGUUAAUACUCCAUACAGCAGAAAUCCUGUGAAAAUUAUUUUAAAAAAUCUGCUGCUGGUUACUUGGUAGUUACACCCUUGUGGUGUGGAAUAACUUUUGCUCCUGACAUUUAUUAGACAAUAAAGAAAGAGAAAGAUGAUAGGUAGAGGAUGGUGUUAACUGACAAAGUACCUGCCUUUACUCACCUGGGUUUUGUAUUCUUUCUUUACUCAUUCAUGGCAUGCCACUGAGUCUAUGCAACAACCUGUUCACCUGUUCUUGCUGUAAACUUUCUUAAAUAAUCAUUUCCUUCUCAACAGACCUAUUUUAAGUGCCAUGAACUAACAUAUCUUCAGAAAUGUAUUCUACAGUUUGCUUCCAUGACAUCAAAUGUCAGUUUUGUUGUAAAUUCAUGGAGUUAGUUGUUACCAAUGAAAUUCAAUUUUGUAUGAAAUGAAAACAAAAUUAGAACCACAUCAGAUUCUGUUUUAUUGCUUAUGUUAACUAUGCGUGUCAGCAGGGAUCUGUACAGGUAGGUGUGAGACACCUGUCACCUGUAGUAUUCACCAUUGACGUCAGUGGGUCAAACACCUGACUGAUGCUUUUUAUAGAAAGAUGAAAAGAAAGGAAAUAAACGAGUGCCAAGACCCUAAUAAAAUAGUUUUAUAGAAAACCUUUCGUGUUGUUGAGUCUGAAAUAUUUAGUGUUUUCAUAAAGGGAAAGUGGUAAAAAAAAACAGCCGAUUCGCUAAGAACAGGUUUGAACCUAAACACUUGGAUUACCAGACACGCCCUCGAGAUUAGUUCUGUGCGAACCACUGUCUGGGUGGUGUGUCUCGGGUAUCGUUAAGUGUUACUUAUCACCUGCCAGACUAAGCUUUUCCUUCUUGUUCAUCCUUGUGUGUGGGACGAAAGGAGUCUUCUCUAUUUUGUCAUGGUGUUCUGGAUUCUUGUGUAAGAUAUGUUACUACAACAUGCCCUCCUUCCUUUCCCAGUAAUGUAAUAUUGUUUUCGGGUGGACUCACCUGUAUUCACAUACACACACAUCUUUCUUUUUUAACUUUUACAGAUGCACACACACUCACAUACACAUUUGUGAACACAUCCAGCACGUAAGCAAGAUUGUUACACAUACAUUGUUAUACAUACAUUGUUGCACACCUGUAAUAAAAUAUCAAAGCCAAUCUUGCAUUUUGAAUGCAUUUCACCUGUCUAAUCUUCUAAUGCUGUACCAGUCCUGUAUGUGUGUGUGUGAGAGAGUGUGUUCCUCUGUGUGUGUGAGAGAGUGAGUGUGUAUGUUCCUGUGUAUGUGUGUGUAUGUUCCUGUGUAUGUGUGUGUGUGUUCCUGUGUAUGUGUGUGUGUGUUCCUGUGUAUGUGUGUGUGUGUUCCUGUGUAUGUGUGUGUGUGUUCCUGUGUAUGUGUGUGUGGUGAAAUAACAAAGCAAUGUUUGCAGGAAGCAAAGAACAUCAGGAACUAAAGGCAACAAUAUUUUAUUGUGUAAAAGGAAACAGCAGAUGGACAGAAUAAAAUCUCUCAUGCAAA